AUGGACCCUGCUACUCCUGUUGCUGCUGCCUCUGCCCCAGCCUUGGCCCUAGCUAAGGCCCCAGCACAGGACCCCCUGGCAUUCCCUGGCCUGUUAAGCCCAUUGCCCCUUCUGCUCUCUGGACAAGAAGUACACAGGAGUGAAAGAGGAACUUGUCUUUGGAGGCCUUGGCUGUUCCCCACAAGUGACCUCCCAAGGCAGGUGAGGAAACUGAUGGAGUUGCACACUGGUGGGGCAACAGCUGCUGAGGUCACCAAGGCUGACUCCAAAUUCCAUCACCCCGUCAGGCUCUUCUGGCCUAAGUCUCGCUCCUUUGACUACCUGUACAGUGAUGGGGAGAUUCUACUGCAGAACUUCCCUGUCCAGGCAACCAUCAACCUGUAUGAGGAUUCAGACAGUGAAGAUGAGAAGGAGGAGGAAGAAGAAGAGGAUGAAGAAGAGGAGGAGAAAGAGAAGGCAGAAGAGUGUGUGAGAGUGCUAGCGUCAGUACCUCGCAGGGCAACAGCUCAUCCCCUUUCCUCACCUCCGACCUGUCUAAACUGAACUGGUCAGAGUCUGAUGGGGUUCAAUACCCCUGGCAAGGCUCCAUGAGCCUUGAUUAGGCAGGAGUCUCCAGGCACAGCUCCCUGGACUGAAAGUUGGGUCUUUGAGCUGCCAGCUCACCCUGGCUUUACCCUACUGUACUGAGUCCAGGCCUCUGGAUAUCUCAUUGCCUAGGCUACUGUUGUGUUGACAAUGGGAGGGUCCUAGGAACUUUGGUGGAAGAAAGAGCUGUUUUCCAAAGCCCCCAGGAGGCAGAGCAGGAUAGGGCAAUCUUGUGGAGAGGGAAGCAGUCACUCUUUACAGCCCUUUGACUCCCCAGCUUUCCAGGCAGCACAUAAUCCUGUCUCCCCAUGGAAAGCCAGAUGUCUGGCUUUGUCUCCGGGGGUACAAACACCAGAUCUGUGCACAAUUGUGGUGCCUUUCUGAUGAGCCUUAUAGGAAAGGAAGGGGACAUCUAGUGAAUCAGCCUGCUCUGGGGACCCCCCAUAUUUCCUGCUAUCCUCUGAGGCCUGUGUGUUGGCAUGAGAUGAAAUCAGGAGAAAAAUAAACUGGAUGGUGUUCACCUUUUUCCUGGAACUGCACUGAUUUCUUAACUCUGCCCAUGUUGUGAAGCCAUGAGCAGAAGGUCAGAGCCCAGCUCAAGGCCAAUUUAUUGUUCUACUUGAGGUCAGUUGAUAGUUUUCUCCGUGGAGAUGUAGGGCUGAGGGGCCAGCAUGGGGCCAGGCCCUCUCUGUCAACUUGUGAAAUCAGGCUUGACUAAACUUCAAGGACAGCAUGGGAAGGGAACGAAAAGGCCCCCAAAGGGCAGCUUGAAAGCUGAGAGCUGGGAUAGGGGACAUAAGGUGAUGGUGAGAGGUGCAGCCUCGGCUGAACCUUGGAGAUGAGUGUGUGUAUGUGGGGAGGGAGGCUGGGAGACUACUAAGUCCUAUCAAUUUUACCUCCUCAGUGCCCAUUGCACCUACCCCAGCUCAGGCCCUCAUACCUACCCCUGACCCAAUUACACCUCGACUAAUUUUUCUUGCGUCCAGCAUGUCCCUUCGUAAUUAACCUUCCACACUGGCCACCAGAUCAGACAAUGUGCUGCCCCUGCUUAGUGCCCAACCAUAACUUUCCAUUAC